AUGGUUUUUCGACGGGGCUUGAUGCAGGUGGCCUUGCUAAAGGUUACCAUCCUGCUCGUACUGACACAUACUCAAGUCGCCUCCGCAUUUUCAUGGCGCAGUGACCCAAAAGUCAGAUCAGCGCGGGGACAGUUUGCUGGUCUGGCACCGAGCAGUAGCGCAUCGCAGCUCCUCCAGGCCGGCUCGAGGAUACCAAACUCCUACGAAGUGGCGCUGAGCGAACUACAGCAAUUGGAGUCCGAGCCUCUGUGCCACAGGAUAGCCGCGCGGUUACUGGUGAACAAUUGUCAACUACUCGAGGGCAAAGACGAAGCCACCGUCCUCACUGACAGCGGUCGCAAGAUCAGAGACUUCGUCGACUCGUAUGCGGCAAGCCUAGCAAUCUGCGACCUGGAGAGAGGCAGCUUCGUCAUCCCGAGAGAAUGUUCCAAGUUCCGCGAAUCUGCCUUGGGCCAACUCCCCCUCCAAAACACAGCCCAGCUUCACGUCACCUCCCGGGAGAUCGAUGGCUGCCUUGCCGGCCUCGGCGCCUCCGACUCGGCUUGGAACACUUGGGUCAGCUAUCGCCACAAAGCUUUGCGGUUCUGCGAAGCUGCUAGGGCCGAUAAUGACAGAGCCCAAAACAUCCUCCUCUUUCAACGCUUGACACAUAUCAUGAGUAGAUUGGCAGAUGAUGUCGAUGACAAGUUCGACAGACGCAUGAAUGAUCUCGACUUCCGCGCUCAGGCCACCGGCGACAAGAUUGAUAGCUUGUUCCCACACCUUGAUCGACUUCAAGAAGGCCUACUCUCUGCAGAGAAUGUGCUUUCUCGGCAACUCAUGACUGCGCUGAAAACAUCCACCGACUCGGUCAACGCAGGUAUCGACAAUGCGGCGAACUUGCAAAAGAUGCUCGAACUCACGCUUAGGGGCAUUGUGGACAGCCACGCAGAAGCCGCAUCUGUCCACGAGCACUCUUUGCAGACUAUGAACCAGCAAGCUGAGUCUGGCCUCGAGACCAUGAUGAAAGCCAUGGGAGCAGCCUUGGCGACAUCUAUAACACUACACAACCAGAUUGAAAGCUCGCGUCUCCAAGCUGCUCAGCUCGAGUCUCGACAGGACGCCAUCGAGCUGGGUAUGCUGCGGCUCAUUGAUAUCACGGAAAGCCUAUCGACGAGGUACGACGACCAUACACACCUGUUGCAGCAUGCGCAGAACAUGACCAACGAGAUUCUGGACUCACUAGAAGAUACCGUCGCGUCGGCAGCUAUGUCCUGGAGCGAGAUGCUUUCUGCGUACGGCUUCUUACAAUGUGCACCACGGAAGGCCCUACUCGCACUGAGGUCUCUAGCAUGUUACGGCCUCUUACUAGGUUUUGUCGCGCUUUAUUAUCUGCUGUUCUUCUCAUCUUAUGGUCCCAGCGCCCUGCAAUACUCCUAUCAUCGCUCUCGACCCGUGUUCGACAGCUACAAUGAACUGCUCAACGACGUCUCCUCCACGCGCCAUGCGAUAGAUGAUCUUAUCCUGGAUGCCAAGAGGGCCCAGGACCGUCUUCUGCUCGAGCGUUCGCAUGAUGUCGGAACUGCCGCGGCCGGGUACCGGAGUCGUAGAGGGAGGCAUCCUCCGCCAGGCUUCGAUAAGUGGUUCGAAUAUGCAUCCAAGCAUGACGCCACCAUAACCGAGAGGUUCUUCGACCGCAUUGAGCACGAUAUCCGUCCCUUCUGGGCCCAGGACCCAAGAAUCAUAUCCAAACAUGCAGCUAAUGGGGAACACGUCGUGAGAGUCCGUGACGGUGCCGCCUACGGCAUUGGGGAUACCAAAGGGCAUGUGCCGUGGUUACAGCUAUGGACCGGUCUGGUAUCCGAGGCCGCGGCGUGGCUGCCGGACGUGGACAUGCCCAUCAACUACUGGGAUGAAAGCAGGAUCCUGGCCCCCUGGGACGAGAUCAAUUCCUUGGUCACCGAAGCGGAGCGGAACAAGAAGAUCACGCCGACCAAGGACACCGUACGGGAAUUUACGAAGCGGGCGCACCUUGGCGGUGACGAAAAUGUCGAGAUCAGAGAGCCGGAUUGGAUCACAACCGGUGCGUCGAAACUGUGGGAUCUCGCACGGCAGACGUGCCCGCCGGACACACCGGGAUGCAACGUCUCGGCCAUCGAGGACUUCUCGGCACCGCCUAGCUUCCCGACAGACUGGCACCCGCCCUUCUCUGAGAACGGCGGCGCGUUCGUGCAAUGGGCCCGGAUCGAGGUGACGCAGGAGCUCGUGCCCAUGUUUGGCGGGUCCAAGCUCACGAUGAAUAAUGAUAUCCUGAUCCCCGGGGCUAUGUACCUGUCGGGCGAGCUGCGCUACAGCGGCGGCUGGAACCACGGACCGCCCUGGGAACAGAAGAAGGAGGGCGUAGUCUGGCGCGGCGUUGGUUCAGGUGGAAGGCUGCAGGCGGACAACUGGUCCCAUUUCCAGCGCUUUCGACUGGUCCAGAUGCUUAACGGGACGACGGUGUCGGAAUUGGAACAGGGGAAUCGGUCUGCGGCCCCGACUUUUGGGAAUAUGCCGGACGGCAUGCGCAGUUUCUCCUGUCCGGGUCUCAGUCUGGGGGAGUGGCUGCAGGCCCAUUCCGACACAGGGUUCACGUACAUGCAAUGCUUUCCGGAGAACGACUGCGGAUAUCUAGAGCCAUAUUUCAGCAAAGUAGACGCCGUCUCGAUGGCGGACCAGUUCAAAUGGAAAUUCAUGCCUGACGUCGACGGCAACUCGUUCAGUGCGCGGUUCAGGAGUCUGCUGCUGUCGACGUCGUUGCCGCUGAAAAGUACUAUAUUCGCCGAGUGGCACGACGAUCGGUUGGCGCCUUGGGUCCAUUUCGUUCCGCUGGAUAAUAUGCUUAUGGAUCUCUAUGGUGUGUUGGAUUACUUUUUAAAAGAUGAAAAGGGCCAUGCGGCGGCGAGGAUGAUUGCGGAGACGGGUAGACGGUGGGCGGAGAAGGUGCUAAGAAGGGAGGAUAUGUUGCUUUAUGUCUGGAGGCUGCUUCUUGAGUUUGCUAGGGUCUGCGAUGAGAGGAGGCAUAGUCUGGGAUUUGUGGACGACCUCUUGUAA